UAAACUUCCGUAUUUUCAGAUAAAGAUGGUGAAAGGUUUAGUGUUGAUCACAGGAGCUUCUGGUUUACUGGGCAGACAGGUCUUGCAGGUCUUCAAGGAGAACGACUGGGAUGUAACAGGUUUGUGCUUCUCGAAACCUAUUGAAGGAUUGAUUCAGCAUGAUAUCACGGACAGUGAAGCAACAAUUCAACUCAUCAAACAAAUCAAACCAAACUUAGUUGUUCACUGUGCUGCCCAGAGGUUCCCUGAUCAGAUGGAGAAGGAUCUGGAGAAAUCAUGGAAUCUAAAUGUAACAUCAAAUCGUACUCUAUCUCAGGUAUAUAUGUUAACACUCGAUCAAUCAACCAAUUUAUUACAGGGUGAGACGGUUGUCCGAGAAAACCCUUCUAAUAUUGUUCUACGUAUUCCUGUGCUGUAUGGCAACGUGAAAAAUCUCCAGGAAAGUGCACUGACUUCUCUCCUGGACACAGUUAAAUCUGGAAAACCUGGAAAGAUAUCCAGUUACGAAGUCCGGUGUCCGGCGCACACGGAUGAUAUCGCAAAAAUACUUCUUGAUCUUGCCAAUAUUGUGCAAACAUUGGAGGUAAAUAUAGUCUUUUGCAACUUAGACAACGUUUUAAAUAGUUCCUCUGCUCAGGAGCUUUCUGGUCCUAGUCCUGGAGCUCCUAGACCUCGUGAUGUAGAAAUGGAUCGGAGUAAACUCCUGGAUCUAGGGAUCAAGCAUCAUACAUCAUUUAACAAGGGAUUUAUGGAGGCAAUGCAACCCUUCUUGUAGAAAGUGAACAUCCUUCAGAGCUUAGUCAUCCAUCAUACAUAAUAAUAAUUAUAUAUUUUUGUGAUUAUCUUACCCUGGUGAAAAUUGUCUUCUAUUAGAGUGCUCAAGAAUAUUUGUAAAACUCAUUUAUUAUAAAAUUUUCAGAAAAAAA